AAAAAGAAGAAGAAAGGCGACAGAAUUCAGUGCUUUAUAAUUAACGAAGGCCCCUAUUAAUUACACCUCGGCACAUCGAGAACUGACUGAUACAAAUCCUUUCUUAAGAGCGAAGAUUGUGUAGAUAUCUAGAAGAAGAGGAAUUUCACAGAUUUGACAACCUUGCCAGUACAAAAUUCAGACCGUCAAGUUAGCUCAGUCCUCUUCUAUAGCGGUUGCGACAGUUCGGUAUCUAUAAAGAAGCAUUCAAAAAAAUUAAAAUUUAGACCGGAGGUUUGUUAUUCCACCUUGUAUGGGCACAUUUUACCUUAUUGCCCUCUACAUCCAGAGACCAAAAAUAGCAGCGCUCAUGUCAGAUAUGCGAAAACGCUUUUGGAGCAUCGAGAACUACAACUGUUCUUCGCUAAGAAAAGAAUAUCUUGAAGAAUCUCACUCGUUGAGGACAAAAUGUAUAUCUUAUGUGGGAAUCAUGUUACUCUGCGCUACUGUAUUUUGUUACGGUAGAAUUAUACAAGAUGGUGAAAAAAACAUAGAUAACAUGCUAUUCAAAUCCUACAUCCCUGAAUUCGUCGAUUUCUGGAUACUUUUUGCUUGGGAGCACAUACCAGCAAGUGGUUUGGUGGUUUUAGAGCUAUCCUUAGACGUUAUUGUACUCAAUAUGCUUACCAUGACAAAGUUGCAGUUCAGAUUGCUGAGAUAUGAGAUUGAGAAUAUGUUUUGCGACAAUAGACAUAAUAGUGAUUUUGACUUGAGGAUCAAAAGAUGCAGUGAUCAUCACACAUUUCUUUUGGAGUUUAGGGCAAUGCUGAACGAUACAUUUUCAUAUUUAAUGUUGAUUUACAUGGGUGUGAUCAUUCUUAUCUUAUGCAUCGAAAUGUAUCUUAUAAUGUCUCUGGAUUCUCUAGCCGAUGUUCUUGGAGCCGCUGUAUACGCAGCUCAAAUGUUUUUCGAAUUCUUCAUUUGCUAUUGCUGCCCAGCACAAGACCUUAAAGACGAGGCUGAACUUCUGUCUCAAGCUUUGUAUUUCAACGACUGGCAUCUACAUCCUUCCCGUUAUAAAAAUUUUGCGAUACUUUUGGGAAAGAGUCAAAUAAAAGUGAUAUAUUCAGCUGGUGGAUUGAUGAAUCUAGAUCUGCAAACUGGAAUGGCCGCGGUGAAAACGAUGUUGUCUUAUAGUAUGUUUCUACAAACCAUGACUCAGUUGGAAGCAAACUGAAUUAAAAUACUCACUCCCUAAAGUGCUGCUCGUAAAAUUGUCUUUCUUCGAAUCAAACUGUAAUUCGC